AUGUUUCUUAGCUUAUUGAUAUUAUUUUCUUGUUUCAUUUUAACUGAUGGAAAACAUUUCAAUGGAGGAACUAUUGGAUGGGCUCCCGUUAAUCCUUAUGAUAAUUCCACUUCAGUUAAAAUUACUAUUACACAAUCUUAUUCAUGGACAUAUCCAUAUGUACAAUGUGCCAACAAUGUACCGAUUUCGACAAGUACAUUUAGUAGUUCCAACACUAAUCUGAUUUGUAUGGCUGAUUGUUCACCUGAUGGUGGUUAUUCUAGUGCACCGAUUAAUAUUCUUACCGAUUGUACAUCAUCUAGUUCAUCAUUGAAAAUGAUGACAAGUGAAAAAUCGAAAAAUGUUACUCUAUCUUCCGGAGCACAUUUUUAUUUAGCUUAUAGAGGAAGUGCUUGGGUAACAUUAAAUGAUCCUGCUGAAAAAGAUCUUGAAUGGUCUAUAAUAACAUAUAUUGACCUUCGAAAACGAUCAGAUGGUUUCAUCAAUACUCCACCUGUUGCUAAAGUCGUUUCUCCACAAUAUGCCAUUGUAAAUAAGCCAAUACAAAUAAAUAUUCCUGUUUCGGAUGUCAAUGCUGGUGAUGAUGUACGUUGUCGAUGGUCAACAUAUACUGCUGGUUAUCGAAGACGAAAACGAUCGAACGACGAACACCAUGCAAUUCGCAAAUAUAAUGUUGGGAACUAUAAAACAUUAGUUGAAUUUUCGGAAGAUUUGCAUAUUAGAUGGAAAAGGUUCUUGUUCGGCGAUCCUUGUGAUAUCUGGUGUGCAUACAAUUGUCCUUGCAGUGAUUCUACAUGCACAGGAACCAAUUGCGGCAGCUCAAGAUGUCCUAUAUCCAAUUUUCUCGGUGGUUGUACGGCCACAACAGCUAAACCUACUACUACAGUCGAAACUCAACCAACAUUAAAAACAACUUUGUCCUAUCCCAAUCGUCAAGCGAUCGAUGAAUGUGGUGGUAUUUGUUACCCAGAUAGUCUACCGUCUGGUACAAGUCUGUCCAACUGUACCAUAUCAUUUACGGGUACUAAAGCUGGCACUUGGUAUGCAGUUGCUGUUCAAGUUGAAGAUUUUAUUAGCAAAACCAGCAUGACACCAAUGAGUUCCGUACCAGUUCAACUUCUGAUCUAUGUCAUGUCAGAACCAUCAUGUUCACAAAAACCUAUUAUUCUUCCAUUAAGUCGUUGUUUAGAAGUACAAGCUGGCAUUUCACUAAGCUUUGAUAUAUAUGCUAUGAAUUUAUGUAAUCCUAAUGUGGCUACACUUGCUGAUAUGAUUAUUUCAAGUGACAUUAUUGGUAUGACUUAUGGUAGUCUAACGAGUUCACCUACAAAUACAUCAUUGUCGUAUAUCAGAUUUACAUGGACACCUCAAACAAGUCAAGUUGGACAACAACAACUAUGCGCAAUCGCUUAUACCGAUGAACAAGUUCAAUCAGAACAAUAUUGUGUUACAUUUAUUGUAAUGGCAUCACCAGAUGUUUGCGUAACAACUACAACAACAACUACAACAGCAUCAACAACAACUACAACAACAAAAACCACAUCAACUAGCACAACAUCAACAACUACAACAACGUCAACAACAACUACAACGACAAAAACCACGUCUACUAGUACAACAUCAACCUCAUCGACAUCAUCCACAUCAACUUCUACAACGUCUACAACAUCAACCUCAUCGACGUCAACUACAUCAACUUCUACAACAUCAACCUCAUCGACAUCAUCUACAUCAACCACAUCGACAUCAACUACAUCGACUUCUACAACAACAACCUUAUCGACAUCAACUACAUCAACCUCAUCGACAUCAACUACAUCAACUUCUACGACAUCAACCACAUCAACUUCUACGACAUCAACAACAACUACGACUACAACAACAACAACAACAACGUCUACAACAUCAACCUCAUCGACAUCAUCUACAUCAACUUCAUCCACAUCAACUUCAUCUUCCACAACUUCUACGACAAGUACUUCAACUUCAACUACAACAACUUCUAUCACAACUACAACAUCGACAACUACAACAACAACAACAGUAACAACUACAACGACGGGUCCUGCUGCUCGACGUCGUCGAAAACGAAAAGAAAAAGAAGUAGAUUCGACAGAACAGGCUUUUGGAUUACAUGAUAAAUCUGAUUUGACAUGGCCAACACAAUCUUCUAUUCGAGACUUAACGACCAAAACCUUAAAAAAAAAUUAUUCUCCCUAUGAUGCAUUGCAUGCAACCAAUAGUAUGAAAAAUGAUGCUGCCUCUGACUCACAUAUAAAAUUAUCUGAAGUAACACCUCCUGAAACGAUGAAUAUUACUGCAAAUGUUAAAGAAAUUAAACGAAUAUCAUCAGUAUCUAUUAAAAAAAUUAAACGUAAUCAAACUGAAACAACGAAUGAAAUUGAAGAUACUGGAAUAAAAUUAUCAGAUGAUCGUGAUGGUAAGAAAGAGACUUCGACCAUGCGUCACUCAACAUUUACAAAUACUCAAGUCAAUAAAGUAUCAAAACUCGAUCAAAAAGAUAAAAAUGAAAAAAAGAAUUCGAAAGUUACUGAUAAAAAACCAUCAAAUGCUGCAGUCAUAUCACAAUCAAAAACGAAUCGAAUCAGCGUCACGAAAAUAUCUCAACAUAAAACAACUGCAAGUGAACAAUCUCUUUUACCAAAUGCUGAUGGUAAGGAUAUUAUUCAUUUGGAAAAACCAACUAUGGAAAUGCAACGACUAAAAACUCACUCGAAGUCUAUUUCAGUUACUAGAGAUGAAAUAAGAAAUAAAGACAAAGGGGUGGUUGUAACGAAACUUCCAAAAACUAUUAUUACUACUAAAUCUCAUCGUUCAUAA